UUAAGGGAGAUAAUAUAUAAUAUACCUAGUUUGUUUUUAUGGAAAAAAAAAAUAUUGGCUUACUAAAUAAUGUCUGGCCAUUAAUUUGAUGCCAAGAAAAAAACAGUUUAUUUUUCAACCUUUGGAUUUUAAACCUAGUGGGUGUAGAGUGUCAAAAUAGAAGGACAGUCCUAUGUCACUGUCCUUGCUGACAGGGAAAAAUCCUUAACCCCAGAGCUGAUUAUCUCUGCUACUGUCAUUCUCACUUCUAAUCAGUAUUUCAUUGGUGAUAUACAAAUGGCUUGUUCCUCAAGAAACAACAUUCUAUCCCAGCACUCAACUUACCACAUAAGUUUUUUUACACAGCCAAGCCCUUCAAAUUUCUGAUUAUACCAAUUCAGAAUCCAUCUCUGAGUGGUCAGGCCCAUUUACUCCCAAUGAACCAAUCAUUCAUUCAUUCUGUACCCUUUUGUAGAUUUGUAAACUUAAUUCUUGUAUUCUUGGUUUGGUAAUUUUAUGUUGUAAUUCUCAGAAUGCCAGUUCUGUCACUGAAGUAUAAAUACCUUAAUAUUGGGAUUUUGUUUUCUGAUACUUAGCAGCAUUGCAGUGGUGUGUUGAUUAUAGUAAGUGUUAUGAAUUCAACCCUGAAGUUCUUUGAGGGCUGGUUCCUUUUUAGACUGAAAGGACCAAGAGUGAAAACUGGAAGGGGCCUGAGUUAAAAGUCUGAAGGCCUUAAGAGUCAGAUUCUGCCACUUUUCCUUGGACAAAUGGUUUCAUUUCUUGGAGCCUUGGUUUCUUCAUUUGUUAAACAGAAAGAAGAAUAUGUACCUCCCUAAGUUUUUAUGGAGUAAUGAAUAUGUAGAUGCUUUUUGUCCAUACUGAAGAAAAAUUACCCCCAUUAUGUAAUAAUCACAUGUACUUGAACAAUGAAGAGAUCUGGCAUUUACCUCUUAAUCAGUUUAACAAAAUGUAACAUUGCUGAGACAACUCACAUAAUGUGCCUUCCUCCACAUGUAAUGCGAUAAGCCAAAAGUAUAACCUGAAUUUAUCAAGCUUCUUAGACCUGAUUGCUAGUUUACAGGAAAUACAGGAGGCAAAGGAACAAGAUAAAAGACAUGUCAUAAGAAACAAGUUCAGAAUGUGGCAUAUUGUCGAGGAAAACUGCAUUGUGGGAAUCCCCUGGCAGCCCAGUGGUGAGUCCUCUGCUCUCAUUGCAGAGGGCGAACAUUCAGUCCUUAGUUCAGUUGGGGAACUAAGAUCCUACAAGCUGGGUGGUGUAGCCAAAACAACAACAACAAAAAAAAACACCACUGCACUGGAUUCUUCAAAGAUGAUGAAAAAGAGAAGGGAGUGAUAAUAAUUGUUGAUGCUGGGUGAGUAUUGAGAGUUUAUUGUACUACUUUUGUAUAUGUAUGAAAUUUCCCAUAAUGAAAGAUACAACUAGUGGAGGGGACGGGGGUUUAAAAGAUACAAAAGAGCGAGGAUGAAAAGGCAUUAUACACUGGGAGAAAAUGUUUGCAAAUCAUAUAUCCAACACAGAAUUUGUAUCUAGGCUAGAUAAUUCUUAAAACUCAGCAAUAAUAAAUAGAUCCAAUUAGAAUAUGGGCAAAGGACAUGAACAGGUAUUUUACCAAAGUAUAGAUUGGCAAGUGAAAAGAUACUCAACAUCAUUAGCCACUAGGGAAUUGCAAGGUAAAAAUCUGUACAGCUAUCAGAAGAGCUUUUAAAUAUUUUAAUGCCAAAUGCUGGCAAGGAUGCAAAGGAACUGAAUCUAUUACAUUGCCAGGAAUGAGAAAUAGUACAGCCACCAUGGGGAAUAAUUUGGCAGUUUCUUAUAAAACCAAACAUGAGUUUACCAUAUGACCCAGUAUUUGCACUCCGAGCAUUCAUCUCAAAAAAAUGAAAACUCCUGUUACACACACACACAAGCCUGUAUGUGAUUGUUAAAAGCAGUUUUACUAGUAAGAGUAAUUUGUAAUAACUCAUCAAAUAUCCUUCAACAGGUGGUUAAAAGAAACUGCAAUAUAUCUAUACCAUGGAAUACUUAUUACUCUGCAGUAAAAUUGAAUGACCUAUUGAUAUCUGCAGUGACUCAAGUGUAUUCCAAGAGAAAUAUGCUGAGUGAAAAAAUCCAAUCUCAAAAGGUCGUAUACUGUAUGGUCACAUUUAUAUAAUACUCUAAAAUAACAAAAAAGUAUAGGGAUGAAAGAAACCAGAUUAGUGGUUGCCAGAGGUUGGGGAUGGAGGGACAGAGCAACAGAAGAGGGAGGGGUUGCCUUUAGAGAGGUCUUGGUGUUGGAAACAUUGUGUAUCUGAAUUGUGAUGGUGGUUCCACAAAUCUACACGUGAUAAAAUAACAAGUACACACACACAUUGUACCAAUGUCAGUUUCCUGAUUUUUAUCUUAAAUUAUAAUUAUGUAAGAUGUACCCAUUGGUGGAAACUAGUUGAAGGUUAUUAUUAUCUUUGCAAUUCCUGUGAAUCUGUAACUUCAUACUAAAAAGCAAAUCCAAACAGCCAUACCAAAUACAGUGUGUGAAACUGACUUGGAAAAACAAUUAAUGAAGUCUAUAUUUUAGGACAGUUGGAAAUUUGAAAAUGACUGAUAACAGAUGAUAUUAGGGAAUUUUUGUUAAUUUUCCUACCUGUAAUGACAGUAUUGUUAGUGUCAAGAUUCUUAUUAAAGGAUACAUAUAGAAGUAUUUGGAAUGAGUAUUUUGAUGUUUACAACUUUAAAAAUAUGCUUUUCAGUAUGCAUAGAGAGAGAAGGCAAACGUUGUUUAGUUACUCAGUAAUGUCUGACUCUUGUGACUUCAUGGGCUAUGGAGACCUACCUGGAUCCUUUGUCCGUUGAAUUCUCUAGGCAACAAUACUAGAGCGGAUUGCUAUUUCCUUCUCCAGGGGAUAUUUUGGACUCAAGAUCUGAUCCUGUCCCCUGCAGUGGCAGGCAGAUUCUUUACUGCUAAGCCACCAGGAAAGUCCAACGCAAAGAGAGUGAAGUGUUAUUUGUUGAGUACAGGCAUUCACUGUACCAUUCUCUGUACGUUUGAUAUUUCCAAAAUAAAACAUUUGGGUCAAAAUGAUCAGGGCCUUCUACAGAUGGAUACUCUGUAGCUUCAGGCUCCCAGCUGCGCGCCUCACUUCAGUGCUCUUGCCAGGCAUAGGAAUGCCCCUUGCCCUGAGGUUCAGGGUCCCUAGUCCACCUGCACUCUUCCUCUAAGCUUGUUCUUCCAUCCCUGAUCCGUAGCGAAAUUGGACACCCAACGAGAAGACAGUACCUCCGAGAUUCCUAGAGAGGCUGGUCUGGCGACUUGGGGAGCCGGAAGCCCAUCCCCAGGCACUUCCUGUCCGGUCAUUGUUCUCGUGCCGGUAGGCGCCGGGGUCCAGGCCACCCGCCUUCUCGCCUUCUGCUUCAGAGCUCGCGAACUCCGGCCGUGCUUCUGCUCCGCGCACGUAGAUACUACUCAUCAUGUCCCUGGGAGGAAACUCAGGAAGAAGCUUUUGAAACUUAAAGAUUAGAUGGGGCUUGACUUCUGCUGGGCAACCCCCAGCCAUAGGAAUUCUGCUGAGCAGAGACGAUGACCACAGAAUUGAGAGAGGCUGUGGCCCUGGUUCACUGGGGCCCAGUGACAGUGAAAAAAGAGGAAGAAGAGGAGGAAGGCUUUGUGGGCCAGGCAUCCAGCCAACAAGUGCACUCUGAAAACAUCAAAGUCUGGGCUCCUGGGGAAGCUCCUCAGACAUGCCUCCCUGUGUCAGAACAGGAGGAAAAGGGUCAGAACAUGUUAUGGGACAUGGCUGUAGUCCUGAAACCAACACAAGAGGCACCUGCUGCUUCAGCCCCAGGCAGCUCUUCAUUACCUGGGACUCUGGCCAAGAGCGAGCUACUGGACACUCAUGGGAACAUGGCCUAUCUAGGUGCUGAAACCAAAAAUCCACAGUUAUUGGUUCCAAAAAUUGAAAUAUGUGAUGAAGCAGAAAAAUCCUUCAUCGUUUCAGGAAGAAUCCAGAAAGUUGACCCGCAAGGACCCAAGUUAGGAGAAGCCUGUGAAAAUAGGAACAUGUUAAAGAGGCAAAGAAUAAAGAGGGAGCAGAAAGAUUUUGGACAGGUGACAGUGAAGGACUGUCACCUCCCUGAAAACCUCAAAGAAGAGGAAGACCAGAAGUGUCCCAAAUCUGAGGAGCGAUACACCCUCAGUUCUGGCUCUGUUAAAAAUCAGAAAAGCCAGCCUGGGCAGAAACCUUUUACAUGUGGCGUGUGUGGGAAAGGCUUUAGCCAGAGCGCAAAUCUCGUGGUGCAUCAGCGAAUCCACACUGGGGAGAAACCCUUUGAAUGUCACCAGUGUGGGAAGGCCUUCAUUCAGAGUGCAAACCUUGUUGUGCAUCAGCGAAUCCAUACUGGACAGAAACCCUAUGUUUGUUCAAAGUGUGGGAAAGCCUUCACCCAGAGUUCAAACCUGACUGUACAUCAAAAAAUCCACUCCUUAGAGAAAACCUUUAAGUGCAACGAAUGUGAGAAAGCCUUCAGUUACAGCUCACAGCUUGCCCGGCACCAGAAAGUCCACAUCACUGAAAAAUGCUAUGAAUGUAACGAGUGUGGGAAAACGUUUACUCGGAGCUCCAACCUCAUUGUUCACCAGAGAAUCCAUACCGGGGAGAAGCCAUUCGCCUGUAAUGACUGUGGCAAAGCCUUCACCCAGAGCGCCAAUCUUAUUGUGCAUCAGCGAAGCCAUACUGGGGAGAAGCCAUAUGAGUGCAAAGAGUGUGGAAAAGCCUUCAGUUGUUUUUCACACCUCAUCGUGCACCAGAGAAUUCAUACCGCAGAGAAACCUUAUGACUGCAGCGAGUGUGGGAAGGCCUUCAGUCAGCUCUCUUGCCUUAUCGUGCACCAGAGAAUUCAUAGCGGGGACCUUCCAUACGUGUGCAAUGAAUGUGGGAAGGCCUUCACGUGCAGCUCGUACCUGCUUAUUCAUCAGAGGAUCCAUAACGGGGAGAAGCCAUACACAUGCAAUGAGUGUGGCAAGUCCUUCCGGCAGAGGUCGAGCCUCACGGUGCACCAGAGAACCCACACGGGGGAGAAGCCCUAUGAGUGUGCCAAGUGCGGUGCAGCCUUCAUCUCCAACUCGCACCUCAUGCGCCACCACAGAACCCACCUCGUGGAAAGCACAUAGAGGGCAAGGGAGACCUCCAGGUGCCGAUCCAAACCUCCCGCUCCCCAAGUCGGAUAGACACCUCUUGGCUGUUUCCUCCUCGGCAAAAAUGAAGCCUGCCCUGUCCUACAAAGUUACGGUUUUGGACUUGCCUGGUGGUCCAGUGGGUAAGACUCAGCUUCCAAUGCAGGGAGCACGGGUUUGAUCCCUGGUUGGGGAAGUUCCAUAUGCUCUGCAGCCAAAAAAAAGAAAAAAAGCAACAGUUUUCAGGAGUGCAGCACAAAACACAAGGCAGACAUUUCAGAGGCUAAUUUAAAGAAAAUGAAAACGAAGGCCUCAAGGCAAGGAUUUUAUGUUUAAUAGUACUCCAAGUGAUCAUAUUGUUUGAAGUGGGAUGUGGCCUUCUUAGAAACGGGUCAUACAGAGCUCCGUGAUAAAGAUCCUUCUGGGGAAAAGGAUUUUUCACUUAAUUUUGUUUUUGAAAACUCUGGUAAUUUUCCUGGGCAACAUGCAGGUUACUGGUGUGUCUGACUGAUGGAAUUCGGGAGCUUUGAACCUUGUGUUGUAGUAUUUUGGGUUUAAGCAGUGACUCAUGAAGGAAACCACUUGGGGUAGCAAUUCACCAACAACUCUCACCUAUGAACAUGAUAAGUUUUCCAUUCCCUGGGUAAUUUUUUUUUUUUAAUUAAACAAAAAACUGUCUGCCAUUCCUUAAAUGGAUGGAAGUAGGAAACUGUUGUUUCCCUCAUGGUCUGCACCUCAUGACAGUUGGAAUGGUAAAGCUCUGGAGACUGCUAAUGAGUCUCUUCUGAUCAUUUCCCAGCCUGCAUGGCAGUCACUUGAGGAUUGAUGGAGACUGCACGGCAGAGCCACCAAGACUACUGGGCUGUGUUCCUUUGAGAAGAUCAACAAGUCUUCUAAUAACAACCCUGGUUACCAUUGCAUUCUAUUUGAGUGAGACUGCUGCUAACAGACCCCUUCCCAGAUAAGAGAAGUCACAGAAUAAAGCUGGAGGCAUGCCC